AUGUUUGGUCUUGAUUCUGUAAGAAAUGUUAUUUUCAGAGCCGGAAGGUGUUUGGGAUCAGUUGUUGGGCGACGACUCAAGUCGACCUGCAAAGAAUCUAAAAAGGAAGAAAUAGCGAAGUACAUCAAGUGCAGAAGGGACGCGCGGCUGUCGAUAUGUCUUGUAGAGGAUGGAACCGUCCAUCCAUGUUGCGAUCCUCCGAGGGUCAUUAUCAUCGGUGCCGGUAUGGCUGGUCUUUCAGCAGCUAACCGACUUCUUCAGUGUGGUAUAGAUAACUUCGUCAUCCUGGAAGCAACGGACAGGCCUGGAGGUCGAAUUCAUAGCGUCUAUUUGGGCAACGUCGUUGCUGAGUUAGGGUCCGUCAAUAUUUAUGGAGGAUCCAUUAAGAAUUCGGUCUACGCUCUAGCGUCAAGAGAGAAUUUGAUAUCUAAGCACGCCUACGAUUAUCCUAUGGGCCGUGGCAUCUGCAUGACAAGCAAGGGGGUCGUAGUGCCCAAGCUGGUCGAUGCUACGGCGCCCAUCAGCAUGGCCAUGAUCCAUCAGCAAGCCCUCGAUAUCUACGGGAAAGACACUGGCGACGUCGGCAGCCUCUGGGACUUCUUCGUCACUAGGAUACAUCAAGAGUGCUCCCUUUACCCAGAACGUCUCAAGAAGUACGCAGCGAGAUACAUGCUAGCAAUAACCAAUGACAUCAGAUACAGGAUGGGUAGUGACUUAAGUAACAUAUCGGCCAGCCAGUUCGGUAGCUACGUCCCAUGUCCGGGAACAGACAUCAGGAUCCCGACCGGAAUGGUCGGAACCUUAGCGCCGCUACUUAGGACCAUGCCGACCUGCGAUCACAUCCUUUAUUGCAAAGUUGUAAACAAAAUCAUCUGGACUGAAAAACUUUCUGAUAAAUCAGACAGAGUACAAGUUGUCUGUACUGAUGGCAAAGUAUUUCAUGGAGAUUACGUGAUUUUAACUAUGUCUUUAGGAGUCCUCAAAGAAAAACUUGGUAUGAUUGUACCUCCCCUGCCGUCUGUGAAAACUGAUGCUAUCAAGAAAAUGGGUUUCGCAAACAUCAACAAUAUUUUCCUAGAGUAUAGUAAUCCGUUUUGGUUGUGGAAGAGCGGUACUUUACGGGUUGGUUGGUCUCUGAAGGAGUUGAAUACCAGGAAAACUUGUCCAGACUGGACAAAAGCUGUAGGAACAGUAGACGAGGCUUCUGGAUCUCAGCAAGCAUUGUUCAUGGGAGUGUCUGACCAAGAGGCGGAUAUAGUGGAAAAACUUAGCGAUGUGAAGAUAGCGGAGGAUGCUACCCGAUUAUUGAGGACGUUUACCGGUGAUGCUACUAUCCCUUACCCUGAUAAUAUUCUAAAGUCGGCUUGGAAGUCAAGUCCCUACUUCCGGGGAGGGCGCCCAUUCAUACCGACUGGGGCGACGGUGGUAGACCAGUGUGCCCUCGCUGCGCCAGUGCCCGACUCGAAGCAAUUCAUUCCUGCUCUGCUCUUCGCCGGAGAUGCUACUGCGCUCGGGAUGACCGGAACUAUGCACGGAGCCAGGGCAAGCGGAGUGAGAGAAGCAGACAGGAUAUUGGAACUCACUCGUAUGGCAUCUGGAAGACCGAAACCUAGCAUGUUAGGAGAAAUGGGAUGGAAUAAAAAAUCUGAAAAUCAGAAAAUGGCUGCGAAUAACUGA